UAUUAUCUAGUAAACACAAAGAAACUCCAAUAUGCAAGACCACAUAUAAAAGCUGAAAAGCGGGCAUCUCCAUUAAUUUGGCAAGUACGCAUCGGGCACACAAGCAGUUAACUCAACCAUGUCUGACUCAGAUGACGAUUGGUUCAACAAGGAUGAAAAUGAGAUGGUACAAAGCCUUCAGCAACAGGUGGUGCACAAAGUGGAAAAUGAGACACACGAGGAACGUAUCGAGUUCACCGGCAAAGCUGACCAUUUUUCGAGGCAAUUCAGCUUGGAAGCCAGCGAUAGCAACAGUGGUGCAAGUACUAAGGUCCGUUUUUCAACGGGAGAAUUGGUAGCUGCGCUCAAAUUGACGCCUCUGGAAAUGUUCAUCUACUUUAUGUCGGAGCAGCGGGAUCUCUUUGUGGAUCAAUUGUCUGCCAAUGAGGCGCAGAAGCGUAUAUUGCAAUAUGUGAAAGUACUGACGGUUCUGUGUCAAACGGAGCUGGGCGGUUUUGAUGUGCAAUUGUUGUCUGGAUUUGCUAGGCAGUCUGUGCUGCUGAAACAUGUAACGAUAUUUGCUGAAAAACUCUUUACGCCUCCUUCUAAAGGUCACUUAGAUGACGAAUCGGAGCUUAUGCUGCGCAGCAUUAAAUGGUUGCUAUUACGCGCACAUAAACUCGGUGUCAUGGGAGAUUUGGGAUACGAGCUGAUCGAACAUUUUAAAACGCUGCUUGCCCGUUGUCAACUGCCAAAACUCUUGGAGCAUCCGUUGUGCAUUGAAUUUUCCCAGGAACUGGCAGCUCUGCCAACCGUAGCCAAUGUCAAAAAUGAAAUCUAUCCUAAGCUGGAAGAAUUACAGACACCGGAAUCUGUGAGUUUUGCAAACAGUGCUGCGCCGGUUGUACCCGGGGAUGCAGCUGGCUACAUAAAUUGGCAUCGACAACUUCUGCGCGAGGAUUUUGCGCAGCCAUUGCGUGAAUUUGUGGUACGUGUGCGCGACGAAACACAAAGGGAUACAUUGGUGAAAAAAUAUCUGCUGUGGACGCAUACACAGCUCAUACUGAAUCCAGAAUUCAAUGAUGCGGAGCUACACAGUCGUGUUUUAAUGGACAUACGGCCGGCGAAACGGAUAGAGAAAAUGGAACUAUCCAAAGCUGAUAUGAAUUUACAAUGUGAAUUUCUUAAAAGCCUUAAAACUGGCGCAUUGUUGUGCUUUACCACCAGCUAUGAUUUUGAUAAUCUUAUACUGGCCACAGUUGCAAGCACGGAUUUCGACAAGAUGUAUCAGGGCUAUUUAAAUGUGGAGAUUGUCAAGCAAUACAAUAUUGGCAAUAUUUAUGGGAAGCCGUUGAUCAUGUACGAGACGCCAGUGUUCUUCGAGCCCUAUCUGCGCGUUCACGACUAUCUGAGCACCUGCAGCGCCGAUAAUUUCCCCAUGCGUCGCUAUAUUGUCGAUGGUUGUCUUGAUGUUUCGCAGCCGGCCUACAUUAAUUCAGAUGUCCAAUUGAAAUACAAACUUCAACCUCCCAAGCAUCUAAAUGAAUUGCAGCAAAAGGCUAUUCGCGAUGCCUUCUCGAAUGAGUUCUGCCUCAUACAAGGGCCGCCAGGCACCGGCAAGACGCAUUUGUCAGUGGAGUUGCUCAACGUGCUGCUACAGAAUGCCGCUGCCUUAAAGACAGGACCUAUUAUUGUCUUGACCUACACAAAUGAUUCGUUAGACAAGUUUCUGCUUAAGGCCUCCAAGCACACCGACAGCAUUAUCCGAUUUGGAAGUCAGACCCGAAUGCCAGAACUAGCAAAGUUUAAUGUGCGCUCCAAGGUUGAUGAGCAGUUGGUGCCACCGCGGCUCAAGCAUCUUUGGUGGAUGGUCAAGUGUGAAUACAAGGAACAGUUUAAACAAUUGCAAGCUUUACAUGCGAACUUUGAUGGCACUGAGAAAGAUUAUAACAAAAUACAAAAGGCUCAGGAGGAUUUGCAACUGGUGGCUGAAAAAAGAAACACGCUACGGACAAUAUUUCACUAUUACGUGGUGCGGGAUAAAGCAUUGGUGGCAAUGACUACCUCAUGUGGGGCUCGGCUUAACUAUCUGUUUCGACUGCUGCAGAGCAAAUGCUUUAUCUUUGAGGAGGCCGCUGAGACAGCAGAAACUCAUGUGCUGGCCUGCCUGACACCCUACACGGAGCACGUCAUACUAAUUGGUGAUCACAAACAAUUGAAGCCAUAUACGGGCAAUGAUGCACAUCAAGGACUACAAGUUUCGCUCUUUGAACGACUCAUUAACAAUCAAUUCCCUGUCACAGUCCUGAAUUUACAGUAUCGCAUGCGUCCUUGCAUUGCCAAACUCCUUGUGCCCACUUUCUAUGACAAGUUGGAAGAUGACGAGUCGGUGAUCGCCUACGAAAAUGUUAAGGGAAUGUCAGCAAACAUGUACUUUGUAAAUCACAACAACCCCGAAAAUCGACAGACGAACAUGUCCAUUAUUAACAGCCACGAAGCUAGACAGUUGGUCAAACUGGCACUAUCAUUAAAAUAUAAGAUGAGCGAUAUUGUGAUUUUAACGCCAUAUAUUGCGCAGGUUAACUACAUCAAGAGUCUUAUGUCUACAAAGCAACGCGAAAAACUCUUGGUAGCAACUGUCGACAGUUACCAGGGACUGGAGGCCAACAUUGUGCUCUUGUCACUAGUUCGCAGCAAUACAAAAGGCAGCAUUGGCUUUCUUCGUCUGCCGAAUCGAGUUUGUGUGGCAUUGUCGCGUGCUCGCUGGGGACUUUACAUGAUUGGUAACAUGGAGACGCUACUGUGUGGAAAUCCGGAACUUUGGGGUGCCAUAAAUGGCAAGCUUCAAGCGGAAAAUGCAAUUGGUGACGCAUUCCCCUUGGUCGACGCCCUUUAAUAUUUAAACUAAAUUGAUUGAGCUUUAACACUUUUCGCUAUUUAAUCCACCUCUGUGGUCAAAUAAUUCAUUUAAACUCCGAUUCUAAAAUUGUACAGGCUUUUUUGAUUUUUAAA